AGAAGAAAGAAAGAAAGAAGGAAGAGAGUAGUGAUAAAAAGGUCUCUCAACCGGGUGAGGCUACUGCGAGUUUCAACUCGCAAAAACGAUCGGAAAUCAAAUCCCCGAUCGUUUUUGAAAGCCACCAAUCAAGAGCAACAACCUAUAUGCAGAGAAUCCGAUAAAGGCGUGUUUGGUUGUAUGAAACUCAAAAAUACAAGCAUCAAUAUUGAAGAAAUAUGCAGUGUUGCCAACUUCUAUGUGUGAUGAUGGAGCACAUUUAGCAUCCUUGGAAGCUCUAAAGAAAUUGAAGAGAGAGAAGGCAAUCCCAGUAAGUGAAAUCUGUUGGGUAGGGAAACCCAAGUCCACCUGCAGCCAUGCAUUCACUUCAGCUGUUGCAGUUAACAGAGCGUGGUCGUACCCUAUUGGCUUCCAGGAGGAAAAGUGUUGCGCUUGCUAGUGGAGGCGUCAUAGUUGCUGGUGGGGUGGCUGCAUACAUUCGAUCACGAUAUUCCUGUAAGAAGCCUGAAUCUAUUGCUCACUGCAAUGGGCUUAGUGAUCAUAAAGAACAAUCAAACAAGAUAGUCAAAAAUGAGAAAGUUUCAAAUGAAAGCAAGCCCCCAAAAAAGGAAGGACCACCACUUAAGCUUGUAGCUGCAAUUCUUCUAUCUCAUAUGAGCCUAAGGGGUGCGAGGGACCUUAUGGCUUUAUUGAUCAUAGCGGUGUUGCGAACCGUUUCAGGCCAUAGAUUAGCAAAAGUGCAAGGAAACCUAUUUCAUGCUGCUUAUCUUCGAGACAAACAGGGUUUCCUUCGUCUUAUUAUUGAAAAUCUUCUGUUGGGAUUCCUUCAGUCAACCUUAUUUUCUACAACUAAGUAUAUUAAGGGAAGCUUAAGUCUGCAGUUCAGAAAAAUAUUAACAACGCUUCUCCACGCACCGUAUUUUGAGAAUAUGGCAUACUACAAACUAUCAUAUGUUGAUGGUCGGAUACGUAAUCCUGAACAACGAAUUGCAAGUGAUGUACCAAGGUUCUGCACAGAGUUGAGUGAAUUCUUACAGGAGAAUGUGAUGGCAGCUUUUGAUGGUGUACUCUAUACAUGGAGCCUAUGUUCAUAUGCAAGCCCAAAAUAUAUUGUUUGGAUGUUGGCCUAUAUAUUUGGAACAGGGGGCUUGGCAAGAAGGAUUUCUCCUUCCUUUGGGAUGCUAAUGUCUAAAGAACAACAAUUGGCAGGGGAGUAUCGGCAGCUUCACUCACGGUUGAGGACUCAUGCAGAGAGCAUAGCAAUUUAUGGUGGUGAAAAUAGAGAAGAAUCUCACAUUCAGCAGAAGUUUAAAGCUCUUAUUCAGCACAUGGGAGUUGUGCUUCAUCACAAUUGGUGGUUUGGCAUUGCCCAAGAUUUAAUAUUUAGGUGUCUUGGUGCGAUUGUUGCUGGUACCCUGAUGAUUGAGCCCUUCUUUCUUGGCAAGCUGAGACCUGGAUCUUCAGCCUUAGGACGAGCAGAGACACUGAGCAACUUAAAAUAUCAUUCUAGUGUCAUAAUAGCACUAUUUACAUCGCUGGGGAUUCUUUUUGGUAAUCCAAUGAAGAUUGAUCGACUGAGGGGUUAUGCGGGUCGAAUUCUUGAACUCAUGACCAUAUCAAAAGAGCUAAGUGUCAAUGAUGCAUCUUCACUACAAGGGAAAGGCAGUGGGAAUUGUGUUACUGAAGCUAAUUACAUUGAGUUCGAUGGCGUGAAGGUUGUUACCCCAACUGGUAAUGUUUUGGUGGAAGAUUUGACUCUGAAGGUUGAAUCAGGAUCUAAUUUAUUGGUUACAGGUCCGAAUGGUAGCGGCAAAAGCUCACUUUUUCGAGUUUUGGGAGGGCUUUGGCCACUCAUGUCUGGCCAUCUUGUGAAACCUGGAGUUGGUUCUGAUCUAAAUAAGGAGAUUUUCUAUGUGCCACAACGGCCAUAUACGGUUGUGGGAACACUUCGCGACCAGUUAAUCUAUCCUCUUACUGCUGAUGAAGAGGUUGAACCACUGACACAUGAUGAACUGGUUGAUCUGUUGAAAUAUGUUGACCUUGAGUAUCUGUUAGAUCGUUACCCACUUGAAAAGGAGAUAAACUGGGGUGAUGAACUAUCAUUGGGCGAGCAACAAAGAUUGGGAAUGGCCAGACUCUUCUACCAUAAGCCCAAAUUUGCUAUUCUUGAUGAAUGCACCAGUGCUGUAACAAGUGACAUGGAAGAACGUUUCUGUGCAAGGGUUCAAGCCAUGGGAAUGUCUUGCAUCACCAUAUCACAUCGUCCAGCACUAGUUGCAUUUCAUGAUGUGGUUUUGUCCUUAGAUGGUGAAGGAGGCUGGAAAGUUCAAUACAAGAGGGAAGAUUCUGCAGUUCGUAGUACUGAAUCUGGCUUUGAUGCUAUGGAACUUUCUGAGACAGAUCGCCAAAGUGAUGCAAUGGCAGUUCAACGUGCGUUUGCCAUGACAAAAAUGGAUUCUUUAUCAUCAAAUGCAAAGUCACAAUCAUAUAUUUCAGAGCUAACAGCAGCAUCUCCCCCCAUGAGUCAUGGUGCUCCAUUGCCUAUAAUUCCACAGCUCCAAAGUGCUUCUAGGCCACUGAUAUCGAGAGUUGCGGCCAUGUUUAAAAUACUGGUACCCACAAUGUUUGAUAAACAGGGAGCACAGAUCCUUUCAGUUGCAAUACUAAUUGGCUUGACUUCUUUGUUGGGAAAUACUGCUGGCUUUUUACAAGCGAAGACUACAAAGUUUGUUUUGGAGCAAGAUACAACAUCCUACAUUCGGUAUUUUGGUGCUGCUAUGGUUCUGAACUUUGCAUCUUCUUUCAUGUCACCUUCUUUGAGGCACUUGACUUCCAAGCUUGCCCUUGAAUGGAGGAUUCGUUUGACUCAACAUUUGUUGAAGCACUACUUCAGGAAAGAUGCAUAUUACAAGGUCUUCAACAUGUCAGAUACAAACGUUGAUGCAGAUCAGAGAAUUACUCAAGAUGUGGAGAAGUUAACUACUGACUUGUCAACGCUGGUUGCCGGAAUGGUAAAGCCAUCUGUUGACAUGAUAUGGUUUACCUGGAGAAUGAAGGAGUUGACUGGUCGGAGGGGGGUUUCUAUAUUAUAUGCUUAUAUGAUACUCGGACUGGGUUUUCUAAAGAACUUUACUCCAGAUUUUGGUGGCCUGGCAAGUCGAGAACAGCAGCUUGAAGGAACCUUUAGGUACAUGCACGAGAGACUGCGUACCCAUGCAGAAUCCGUUGCUUUCUUUGGAGGUGGUGCUCGAGAAAAAGCGAUGGUUGAAUCAAGAUUGCGGGACCUUCUUGAUCACUCAAAAUUGCAUAAUAAGAAGAAGUGGCUGUUUGGUGUACUGGAUGACUUUAUCAGUAGGCACCUCCCGCAAAGCGUUGCUUCAAGUUUUAGCUUGUUAUUUGCUAUGGAAUACAUGGGAGACCAAUCCUUGACUUCCACUCAAGGUGAGCUGGCUGAUGGAUUGCGUUAUGUAACAUCUAUUGUAAGUUCUAGCUUUGCCAGUUUUGGAGAAAUGCUUCAACUAAAUAAGACAUACGUGGAGCUUUCUGGAGGUAUAAAUCGCGUUUUUGAGCUGGAGGAGCUUUUGGAUGCUGCUCAAUCUGAUGGUCAUAUUUCUACCUCCACUUUAUCACCAACAAAGCCGACAACAACCCACUCUGCAGAUAUCAUUUCUUUCUCCGAUGUGGAUAUCAUUACUCCAGGACAGAAAAUGUUGGCUAGGAAGCUGAAGUUUCAGAUACUACCAGAGAAGGGCCUGCUUGUUACAGGUCCAAAUGGGAGUGGAAAAAGUUGCGUCUUCAGAGUACUUCGAGGCCUCUGGCCCCUUGUCAGUGGAAAACUUGUUAAACCAUGCCAACGUAUUGGUGAAGAGGCUGGACGUGGUCGUGGUGUCUUUUAUGUUCCUCAGCGAUCAUAUAUGUGCUUAGGAACCCUACGGGAUCAAAUUAUAUACCCACUCUCUCGUGAGGAAGCAGAGCAAAUGGCAUUAGAUUUGUACGGGAAAGGUGAAACAUCUAUCGAUGCCCCAAAACUUCUGGAUUCACAUUUAGAAACUAUUCUAGAAAAUGUCAAAUUACUCUAUCUUUUGGAAAGAGAAGGUGGCUGGGAUGCCAAUAAGACCUGGGAAGACAUCCUAUCUCUUGGGGAGCAGCAGAGAUUAGGCAUGGCACGCUUAUUCUUUCACAAGCCUAAAUUCGGCGUCCUUGAUGAGUGCACCAAUGCCACAAGUAUUGAUAUUGAAGAACAUCUUUAUAAGCUUGCAAAUGACAUGGGCAUCACGUUGGUUACCUCCUCACAGCGCCCUGCUUUAAUACCAUACCAUUCAACGGAAUUACGAUUGGUUGAUGGUGAGGGCAAGUGGGAGCUUCAUUCAAUUAAGCAUUGAGUUGACAACACCAAUCUUGACCUCUGCUCAUUAUGUUUUGUUGUAAGUCCUGCUUGUGGUGGUGGGUGCAAGCGAAUUUCAAUUUAGCCAUCUAAUAAAACUGGUCACUCGGGCUAUAACACAAGCUGUGGUGGCAUAUGGCAUCAGAUGAUUGGGGGCUGUGAAGCAAAUUUGGUCUCAUCAUUCUGUUUAAGAAUAUGAUUAAAGCAUACAAGCAUUUCACAAAUCAUUGUAUUCUAUGGAUGUAUUAUUAUGUGUGGGUAUUUAUUUGUUAUUCAAAAGUUGGUCCAUUUAUGCUUGUAAGAAACAGAGGGCCUGAUUAUUUUGGUUAGCUCCUAUGAAUAUAAUGUUAGGAAAAAACGGCGUUGUUGUCCUUUUUGGUCAUUUAUAGUAUUUAAUCUUUUAACACAGAAA